AUGGGUCUUGCUGCUGAAGGAGAUGCUGCCACUUUUGCUGAAACGUCUGGGCCAGAUGAAACAGAAGAAGGGAAUGAGGAUGAAUCCAUUGUUCGUCACACUGCUAGUGUUGGUGAUGUCGAGGGUUUGAAGAAGGCCCUAGCCGCUGGUGCUGAUAAAGAUGAGGCGGAUUCAGAGGGAAGGACAGCAUUGCAUUUGGCAUGUGGAUAUGGCGAGGUCACCUGUGCUCGGGUCCUACUUGAGGCUGGAGCAAGGGUGAAUGCUUUGGAUAACAACAACAACACCGCUCUUCAUUACGCAUCUGGCUAUGGCAAGAAGGAGUGUGUAAAACUUCUACUGGAUAAUGCUGCCGCUGUCACACUUCAGAACAUGGAUGGGAAGACACCUAUAGAUGUUGCAAAAUUAAACAGCCAGCAUGAUGUAUCGAAGCUGCUCGAGAAUAGAGAUUCCAAACCCAGGUUUGAUAAUCUGAUUUUCUUCGCUUUAAAUACCCAAACCCAAAUCGAUGGUCUGAGCAGCAAAUUUGAUGUACCCAAACCGAAAGAAUACGUACCUGAAGCAGCAAAUCGAUGUAGCAAACCCGAAGCUUUGAAGCAAAUCAAUGGUCUGAGCAGCAAAUCGAAGUCUGAGCAAAACGAUGAUCUCUCAAACUACUGUGACAGGUGA